CUCUGCCGCUGCCACCGCCGUCACCAGAGGAGGAUCGGGGCCGGGCCGGGCCGGGCCGGGAUGGUCCCGGUCGGGAGGCUGCCGCCGCCGCCGCUGCCGCCGGAGGGAGCGGGCCGCCUAGCGCCGCACUGAGCCACCCCCGCCCCCGCCCCGCCCCGGCCCCGGGGGAUGCGCCGCCCAGAGCCGCUGCCUCCGCCGCCGCAGCCGCAGCCGCAGCGGGCACAGAGCAGGUAGAUGGCCCUCCCAGGGCAGGCCCUGCGGACACCCCUCCCUCCGGCUGGCGGAUGCAGUGCCUAGCAGCCGCUCUUAAGGACGAAACCAACAUGAGUGGGGGAGGGGAGCAGGCCGACAUCCUGCCGGCCAACUACGUGGUCAAGGAUCGCUGGAAGGUGCUGAAAAAGAUCGGGGGCGGGGGCUUUGGUGAGAUCUACGAGGCCAUGGACCUGCUGACCAGGGAGAACGUGGCCCUCAAAGUGGAGUCAGCCCAGCAGCCCAAGCAGGUCCUCAAGAUGGAGGUGGCCGUGCUCAAAAAGCUGCAAGGGAAAGACCAUGUGUGCAGGUUCAUCGGCUGUGGCCGGAACGAGAAGUUUAACUAUGUAGUGAUGCAGCUCCAGGGCCGGAACCUGGCCGACCUGCGUCGCAGCCAGCCGCGAGGCACCUUCACGCUGAGCACCACGCUGCGGCUGGGCAAGCAGAUCCUGGAGUCCAUUGAAGCCAUCCACUCCGUGGGCUUCCUGCACCGAGACAUCAAGCCGUCGAACUUUGCCAUGGGCAGGCUGCCCUCCACCUACAGAAAGUGCUACAUGUUGGACUUCGGGCUGGCCCGGCAGUACACCAACACCACGGGGGAUGUCCGGCCCCCUCGGAAUGUGGCCGGGUUUCGAGGGACUGUUCGCUAUGCCUCGGUCAAUGCCCACAAGAACCGGGAGAUGGGCCGCCACGAUGACCUGUGGUCCCUCUUCUACAUGCUGGUGGAGUUUGCAGUGGGCCAGCUGCCUUGGAGGAAGAUCAAGGACAAGGAGCAGGUAGGCAUGAUCAAGGAGAAGUACGAGCACCGGAUGCUGCUGAAGCACAUGCCCUCCGAGUUCCACCUCUUCCUGGACCACAUCGCCAGCCUCGACUACUUCACCAAGCCCGACUACCAGUUGAUCAUGUCGGUGUUUGAGAACAGCAUGAAGGAGCGGGGCAUCGCCGAGAACGAGGCCUUUGACUGGGAGAAGGCGGGCACCGACACCCUCCUGUCCACAAGCACCUCCACCCCACCCCAGCAGAACACCCGGCAGACGGCAGCCAUGUUUGGGGUGGUCAAUGUGACGCCGGUGCCCGGGGACCUGCUCCGGGAGAACACCGAGGACGUGCUGCAGGGCGAGCACCUGAGUGACCAGGAGAACGCACCCCCAAUCCUGCCUGGGCGGCCCCCGGAGGGGCUGGGCCCUGGCCCCCAUCUUGUCCCCCACCCUGGGGGUCCUGAGGCUGAAGUCUGGGAGGAGACGGAUGUCAACCGGAACAAACUCCGGAUCAACAUCGGCAAAACCCCCUGUGUGGUGGAAGAGGAGCAGAGCCGAGGUGUGGGGGUCCCCAGCUCCCCAGUGCGUGCCCCGCCAGACUCACCCACAACCCCAGUCCGUUCUCUUCGCUACCGGAGGGUCAACAGCCCUGAGUCGGAAAGGCUGUCCACGGCGGAUGGGCGGGUGGAACUGCAUGAGAGGAGGUCACGAAUGGAUCUGCCCGGCUCACCGUCACGCCAGGCCUGCUCCUCGCAGCCAGCUCAGAUGCUGUCAGUGGACACGGGCCACGUUGACCGGCAGGCCAGUGGCCGCAUGGACGUGUCAGCCUCCGUGGAGCAGGAGGCCCUGAGCAACGCCUUCCGGUCGGUGCCGCUGGCCGAGGAGGAGGACUUCGACAGCAAGGAAUGGGUCAUCAUCGACAAGGAGACGGAGCUCAAGGACUUCCCCCCGGGGGCUGAGCCCAGCACGUCGGGCACCACGGACGAGGAGCCCGAGGAGCUGCGGCCACUGCCCGAAGAGGGCGAGGAGCGGAGGCGGCCAGGGGCAGAGCCUGCCGUGCGGCCCCGGGGACGCGGCAUGCAGAUGUUGGCUGAGGAGGACCUGCGGCAGACGCCGUCCCAGCCCCCCCCUCCCCAGCUGAGCCAGGCCGAUGGGAGGUCAGAGACAUCACAGCCCCCAACACCCGGCAGCCCCUCCCACUCGCCCCUGCACUCGGGACCCCGCCCUCGAAGGAGAGAGUCGGAUCCCACAGGCCCACAGAGACAGGUGUUCUCUGUGGCGCCCCCGUUUGAGGUGAACGGUCUCCCACGAGCUGUGCCUCUGAGCCUGCCCUACCAGGACUUCAAGAAAGACCUCUCUGAUUACCGCGAACGGGCUCGGCUGCUCAACAGGGUCCGGAGGGUGGGCUUCUCGCACGUGCUGCUCACCGCGCCCCAGGUCCCACUGACUCCUGUUCAGCCUCAAGCUAAUGGGAAGGAGGAAGAGGAGGAGGAGGAAGAGGAGGAGGAAGAGGAGGAGGAGGAGGAAGAGGAAGAGGAAGAAGAGGAGGAGGAGGAAGAAGAGGAGGAGGAAGAGGAGGAGGAGGAGGAAGAGGAGGAGGAGGAGGAGGAGGUAGUGGCCCUGGGGGAGGUGCUGGGGCCACACAGUGGCUCCAGCAGUGAUGGGAGCGAGAGGAGCACUGAUCGGAGCCAAGAGGGUGCCCCGUCCACACUGCUAGCCGACGAUCAGAAGGAGUCCAGGGGCCGGGCCUCCAUGGCCGACGGGGACCUUGAGCCUGAGGAGGGCUCCAAAACGCUGGUGCUCGUCUCCCCUGGCGACAUGAAGAAGUCGCCUGUCACUGCCGACCUGGCCCCCGACCCCGACCUGGGCACUCUGGCUGCCUUCACUCCUCAGCAUGAGCGGCCCCAGCCCACUGGUAGCCAGCUGGACGUGUCUGAGCCUGGCACCCUGUCCUCCGUCCUCAAAUCUGAGCCCAAGCCCCCUGGGCCUGGAAUAGGGCCGGGGGCCGGGGCAGUGACCACAGGGGCAGGGGGAGUGGCAGUCACCUCCUCACCCUUCACCAAAGUUGAGAGGACCUUUGUGCACAUUGCGGAGAAAACCCACCUCAACGUCAUGUCUUCCGGUGGACAGGCCUCUCGGCCUGAGGAGCUCAGUGCUGGGGGUGAGCUGGGCCUAGAGGUACCGUCUGAUGGGGGGGCUGUGGAGGAGGGGGUUUUUGUGCCCCUGGAGAAUGACAUCGCUCAGUCAGGGCUGGAGAGUGGUGCCCUGUCUGGACCCCCCAGGGACACCUCCGUGGAGGUGGCCACAGACUCACUGCCCAAUGGCCCAACCCUUGCUGAAGGGCCAGCCCCAGCAUCCCCGCUGGAACCAGGCCCGGAGAAACUGGCCACCGUCUCCCCAAGCCGCCUUGCCAUGCCAGGCCCUCGCCCCCGGAGCCGUAUCCCUGUCCUGUUGUCUGAGGAGGACACGGGCUCAGAGCCCUCUGGCUCACUGUCGGCCAAAGAGCGGUGGGGCAAGAGGGCCCGACCACAGCAGGACCUGGCACGGCUGGUGAUGGAGAAGAGGCAGGGCCGCCUGCUGCUGCGGCUGGCCUCUGGGGCCUCGUCCUCCUCCAGUGAGGAGCAGCGCCGCGCCUCGGAGACGCUCUCGGGCACGGGCUCCGAGGAGGACACACCCGCUUCCGAGCCCACAGCACCCAGGAAGGUCGGGCAGGCUGCUGCCACCCGCAGCCGGAUUCCCCGCCCCAUCAGCAUCCGCAUGCCCACGCCUGCCACAGCCCAGCAGCCCCCCGGCAGACCCCACGGCGCAGCCCCAGCAUCUGACUCAGCCAUCACCAGCAGGCUCCAGCUGCAGAAGCCCCCAGGGUCGUCCGUCGCUACUGACCUCCGCCCCAAACAGCCCCCCGGCCGCGGCGUGGGUCCAGGGCGUGCCCCAGCUGGCCUCAGGCCCUCCGCCCCGCGCAGUCCGGGCCUCCCCGCCUCCGCCCCGCGCCAUCCCAGCGCGUCGCCCCGGAGCCAGUCCCUGUCCCGCAGGGAGAGCUCCUCCCCCUCGCACCAGGCCCGGCCCGGGGGCCCCCCACCUCGGGGCGCCCCGCAGGCCCGGGCCCAGCCUGACGGCACCCCCUCCCCGGGGGGCCCCAAGAAAGGACCCAGAGGGAAACUCCAGACUCAGCGCUCAGCAACCAAAGGCCGGGCGGGGGCCGCGGAGGGCAGGGCCGGGGCCAGAUAAUGACGCGCGCAGCGCUCGGCGGCCCCCCACCCUCACCCUGGCCCCCUACUCGCAGCCGGCCACACUGGAACAGCUCCCAGCACAGCCUUACGCGCCCGACGCGCGCCACCCGCGGCCCCAGCUUCCCGCCUGCACCCGCGAGGACGCGCGCCAGCACACGCCCCCGGCCGCUGGGGGAUGCCCCGGCGGGGGAACGCCCAUCCCCCAUCUUCCCCCAGCUCCCUCCCUCAUCUCCUCUCCUCCCCCUGCCGCCCCUCAGGUGGGACAGACGCGCCCUCUGCCCCGGGAAGGCUCAGCCACUUUUCCCCGAGGACUCUACUAAUGGGGUCGCCCUGCUCCCCCACCAGGCCUCUGCUGCUCCCCAUGCUCCCCCAGGGACCUCUGCUUACACCUCCUGCGGCGCCCUUCCCUCUUCCCGGCCCUCAUCCAGCCAAAGCCCCCCCUUUUCAGAGAGGCAGCCUCAAAUUCCAGAAGUGAAGGCUCCAACCUCCCCCUAGGGGCCAACCCCACAGUCUCCUGGGAGCUGCGUGGUCUAAAAGGCCUCUUCUCAGCUGCCAGACUGGGCUUGGGGAAGCGGGACCUAGGGGCCAUUGGUCUACUCAGGUGUGAGGGGGCAGGUCUGACCUGCCCCAAAGUCAGCUUCUUCCUGGACACCCCUUGUGGGAAGCAGGGGGCAGGUGAUGGUGGGGUGGGCCUGGGGGGUGCUUCUCUGCACCUCUAAGGUGCAAAGACUCCCUCCCCCUAAAUUUGGGUGGGGCCUCAGGGGGAACCAUAGAGUGUGUGGGCUUCCAGCCUGGGCAGAUGUUUCCCAGUGGGAAGUAGGAGGGGAGUUUUAAAAAAGGUUUCGCCCACUCUCUUGGCCCCCUGAUCUAGUGCUCAGGACCCCUCACCAUCAGGAAUUCCUUCUUGCCAUCUAACCUCAAUCCUGCCCACUGCAGUUUCAGCCAACUUCCCUUUCUCCUGAGUUCAGUGGAGGUGGAGAAUGGCUGGUUAUCAUCUUCUGUGCUGCCCCUUUGGAGAUUCAGGGACUCAGAGCUGGCUGGGUCACCCUCCCUUUCCUCCUGGCUGUCGGGAGUGGGCUGGAUCAGACCAUUAUCUCCCUCAGUGGGCAGAGAGAGCAGAAACAGGCAGGCAGACAGACAGCUGGCCCCUGAUCUCAAGGCGGAAAGGCUCUUCUAACUUCCAGAUUGUAUGCUUGUGUGAUGGGUCCAGCCCAAGUCCCCUCCCCUCCCAGCUCACCCUUCAGCCUGUCCCCUCUUAUCCCAACCCCAGUCCAUGCAGCUGAGCUGUCCCUGCAGAGGGUGAGGGCUGUGCUGCUCCAUGAAUGGAUGUGGGGCCUCUUCCUGGGUCUUGCUCCUGCAUAGCUCAUCCCACCUCAUCAUGAGCCUCAACUGCCUUCGUCUGGGUUAAGCAGUACCCUGGCUGCAGAAGUGACAGCCAACCCUAUCCAGGACAGGUCCUAUCCAGCCAACCCUGCCUAUCCAGGACAGGUCCCCUGCAGGCCUCUCCAUCCUCAGCACCCACAGCCUCUGUCCCUUGGCCUGGCCCCUCUGUUCUUCCUUGGGUCACAGAGAGCAAAGCAAGAUGGCCAUGGGAAGAGGAAGAAAGGCCCCAGCAUGCCCCAGUGGUCUGGCAGCAUCCAAACACCAUCGCUUAGAAGGAUGCCCACAAGGAAGUUGGCCAGGGGAGCAGCCUGGUGGUGCCAGCUGAAGCCUCUCAUGGAGAGUCAGCAGGCUGGGGAAGCUGCUUCCGUGCCAAGGUGGUGGCUUCUCUGCAGACCAGCCCAGGGGAGGACUCCAGGGUGGACAGCCUUCAAGGUCUAUCCCACGCUGACACAGAAGCUCCCAGAACACUCAGGAAACCUCUCUGGACAGAGCCCUCUUUGUCAACCCGAGACCCUCCCAAGGCCUCUACUGCCCUCUGGGUCCAGCAGAGGGGGUGGAGGAGGGGCCACUCUCUCCCACCUAGAGCUUCUCCGAAUGACAAUCAGCUUGUGCCAGAUGGGGACCAGGGCAUGACCCCUGGUGCCCAGAUCCUGGGCCUGCUCCUUGCCGCCAACCGAACUGUGAAUGUAGGGCCCCCAGCCUCACCCCUGCCGCAGGACCAACAACACCCUGGUUUGGUGUUGGGAGGAAAAAGGGGGCGGCCUGAGAGAGCCGCAGGCCCAUCCCACCCCGCAGCUUCACCCAGCACUGGAGCUGGGCAGAGACGCAAAACCCUGUCUGCCCUUGGGAUUCCAGGCCUCCCUAGGGCUCCCAACUGACCUCAGGCCUCUGCGUUAUUGAAUGUCAUCGAGGUUGGGGGGGAGAGGGAGAAGGGGCAAGUGUGGGAGGGGGCUAGGGGACGGACUCUGCUCCUCCUCCGAGGAAAGAUCCAGGGCAGAGGAAUCCACACCUCUCAGUGCCCCCCCCCUCCAGCUGCAGCCUCUUCUCCCUUGAGCGCCCAUCCCUUUCACCAAGCCCUCCAGGUCUGAGCCCCUUCUCUAUAAAACAGCAUCACACCACCACCAUCACCAUCAUACCCCUCCAGCACUUCCCCAUCAAGACAGCCUGUGUCACUGGCUCAGAUGCGGGUCUGCUCACCCCAGAACACACCUGCCCUCCCCAGCCGCACUGUGCACGAAGAGGAUGCAGGAGAGGGGCCGUGCCCCAGGCACGUGAGCUCCCCCCUUCCCAGCUCCUCACAGGGGCCUGGCUUGCUCAGUCUUCUCAGCUCCGGGGACCAGCCCUGGUGGGCAUGGAGUAGGGGGCAGGGAGUUGCUCUUCCCCUCCCCUGGGAAGCCACUGAAGAAUGUUUACAUGCCAAACAGAAUGUAACACCUUCCCCCAUCCCUUCCUAGUCACUGCAUGGCCUCUGCCCUCCUGUACCUGUCCACCCCCACCCCAACACCUGGAAGCCGCUGUCAUGAUUAGAUUGGGUCUCAGAAGGGAAGUAGCCAUCACACCAUUAAAAAGCCUGUGGACCUUU